UGUGUGUGUGCGCGCGCGUGUGUUAUAACGCCUGGGAGACACAUGACACACUGCAGGGUAGAUGUACCGCUGUAAGAGCAGCUGUGUUGAUGUUGAGCUGUAGAUCUGUAUAAAUCCGGAGUGAUGGGAGGAGCUGAGUGUUUCCUCUACUUCGCUUUUGGGAGUAAUUUAUUGAAAGAGAGAUUACAGCUGCAAAAUCCAUCAGCGACCUUCUACUGCGUCGGGAGACUCGAGGGUUUUGCGCUACGGUUUGGUCUAUGGGGAGAAAACGUAGUCAACAGGUGGAACGGUGGAGUGGCCACGAUUGAGGAAUGUCCAGAUGAGGAUGUCUGGGGUGUAGUGUGGAGAAUGGCAACUGAGGACAUCACAUCUUUAGAUAAACAGGAAAGUGUGGACAAGGGCGUCUACAGCCCCAUGGAGGUGACUGUGCAAACAGAAACUGGGCCGCUUCUCUGUAGAACAUAUAAGAUGAACAACUUCAGACCCUGUUUUCCAUCACCACAAUACAAAGAGGUAGUGUGUUUAGGAGCCCAACAGAAUGGAUUACCUGAAGAUUACAUAAAGAAGCUCCAGGCUGUGGAGACCAACAACUACACCGGACCUUCAAUAUUAGAUGAUAUUAAAAAGCAUAAGCACUGAGUGUGUGGUGGGAGGAAGGAAACGAAAACGAAAGCUCCGAGCACUAAGAAUUUUACUUGAUUAAAAUUAAUUUUCUAUAAACUUCA